CUCUCGACUCGUCGACCGAGCUCUGGACGAUGCCGACAUUAACCACCAGCGCCAGCAACGACGUGCCGCGGCUCGCCGCGCCGCUGUUGCGACCGACGACGUGCCCGACGCCGUCCCGCGGCCGAAAGGAAGAGGCCCGCGCAACCACUUCUGGGACCCGCGGCCACCGGGCGUGCGGCGGCACAACGUCGAACGAACCGAACCAGCGCAGAGCGGCGCGUCUCGCGAGCGCCCGCGCCGCCACGCCGACGCCGUCCGCGGCCGACGGUGGUCGCGAAUCAACGCGGCGCGGUGCAACGAGGCCAAGUCCUUCCAGGCUCCCGCCAGCAGCGCCUCGUGGCGUGGGCUGCACGGCCCUUCGAGACGGCCCGGGGGGCGGUGAGAGAGACCUCUCCCGCCGGCAUGGCGCACUAUAUCACCCGUAGAGGCCUCUCUAUAGUCGCCUUUUGGCACCUCCUGUCUCCACGCCGCCGAUUAGACCUCGCCGCAUCGCAUCGCCCCCUUCCCUGCCCCGUCGCCCUCCUGAGCUCUCCCUCCUUCGCUCCAGCCAUGCACAGGAAUUUGGGCCAUUGGCCCGCGUGCCAGGCGUCCGGGAGCGGGCUUGUCUGUUUGUUUACUGUGAGCCCUCUUGGGCCACCCUCGCGCGCGUCCACCGGCCGACAGAGCACCGCUUGGGCGACUCAGACGGCCCGCCCGACCAGCGCCCUCGAUCGUGCCGCCCCCACGGCGUCAGUGGCGGGCUGGGGGGGGCAGGCGGCGUCCUCGCACCCCUUGUGGGGGGGGCGCAAGGCGGCACGGCACGUUCAGCGCUUGCCUCGGCCCACCUCGCAGUUCACGCCCGCCACCGCGACCAAGGAGGUGGCCUCGGCGGCCCAGAUGAAGCCCGUGCGGCUCGUUUGGGAGCCGCAUGCCGUCCCUCUCUCGCCGGCGCUGCUCACCACGCCCAAGCCUACGCCGAGGAACCCGUCGCGCCCGUCGCUCACGAGCUGGUGGCUCGCAUCGACCGAGGCGUCCAGCUUUCUCACGCCCUGCCCACGAUCAAAUUCGAGACGACCAACAUCCGACCACAAAAAAGGCCCGCGCGUGCUGCGCGGGCCGGCGAGCGACUAGCGAGCCAACCUGCUAGU